AAGGAACACGUUCCAUUUUACACGCGCCCUUCGCUUCGCCUGCGUCUACCUUCGGCUUUGCCCCAAAUCAAAAGCAAAAAAAAUCUUCUGCUCGCCUCACGUUUCGAUCUCAGCCAUGGCUACUUUAGACUCCGAUGUUCCAAUGGUCCCCGUCGGCGAGGCUUCCAGCAGCAUCGCCCCUUCCUCCUCCUCUAAGAAGCCCAAGCGCUUCGAGAUAAAAAAAUGGAGUGCCGUUGCCCUCUGGGCCUGGGAUAUUGUCGUGGAUAACUGUGCAAUUUGCAGGAAUCACAUUAUGGAUCUCUGCAUCGAAUGCCAAGCCAACCAAGCCAGCGCCACCAGUGAGGAAUGCACUGUUGCUUGGGGGGUCUGCAACCAUGCAUUUCACUUCCAUUGCAUCAGCCGAUGGCUCAAAACUCGUCAAGUUUGUCCAUUGGAUAAUAGUGAGUGGGAGUUCCAAAAGUAUGGCCACUAGAUCUUUUGGGGUGUUACCAGUUGAACCUGCUUACCCUCUCGUGUGGUGGAAGAAGAUUACCUAUUUCUUCAGCUUUCUUUUGAUUCAACUGGAGUUUAUUUAAUUUUUAGAAAAAAAAAAAAAAUUUGGCUAUAUGAAUUAAGGAUUGGAAUUUAAUAUACAUUGAGUGCAAUAUUUUAAAUUAAUGAGAAUUAUCCAUCUUGUGUUAA